UCUAGCGGCCACCUUUGAACAACAACAGCACGCGUCGCGUCUCUCCGCCUUUCUCCUUUUUUUUUUUACUCUACACUCUCCUGGCAUUUUACUCACGAUUCCGUGUCGCGCGUGAUUGAAUUGGCAAGCGAGAAAACACAGUGUGCGCGCAGUGUCAACAACAAACACAAAGUUAAAAACACCCGGACAACGAUAACUACAUACAAAUUCCAAAAGUCAAGAAGUAGACGCCAGCGAGCGAGCACGAGGCAGGACCUUCGCAGCGAGCGAGAAAAGGAUCGAGAGAGCUGAUCAACGGGAAACAGGGUGACAUGUGGAGUCCGACGCACUGCAGUGUAACGGUGCAGCGAGCGCGGGGGCUGCUCACCAAGGGCAAGAAUGGCACCAACAACUGCUUCGUCACCAUUGCGCUGGGCAAGGAGAAGUACCAGACGUCCGUCAAGGACAAGGCCGAGACGAGCGUCAACUGGAAUGAGGAGUGCGAGCUGAAAAUCCCCGACCAGGGCAAUCGCGCUGAGCUCACCUUGACCUGCCUGCACAGGAACAAUCUGGGCAUCGACGAGUUCCUGGGCCAGGCCUCGCUGCCCCUCAACGAGAUGGAUGUGUACGACCGGCCACGCGCCAAAUGGUUCAAGCUGGAGAGCAAGCCCGGCAAGGAGAAGAAGAACAAGGAGCGCGGCGAGCUGGAGGUGCGCAUCGCCUUCGUGGUCAAGUCCGGCUCGCUGACCGACCUCAGCAAGAAGGACAAGCACAAGUCUUCCAUUGGCCAGCUGGCCAGCUCCGUGGGCGGCAGCCUGCUGUCCAUCGGCAACGGCGAGAAGCGGCGCAGCAUCAGGAAGCUGGCUGGGUCGAUUAGCUCCAAGCUGCACAUCGGCGGCAGGAAGAAGCACCCGGAGGCGGGGGGCGAUGACAGCAGCUCCUUCGGCGGCUCCUUUGCCAGCCUGGGCACGCCCAACAGCUCCAACGGCAGGGGCCAGAACGGCGGCAGUGGGCGACGACGUGGCGGACAGCGGGCGGGCGAGGCCGAUCCCGGUGUGAUCAGCGAAGACGAGGACGAGUUCGUGUUCGACAACCUUUCACACAAGAGCUCGGGCAGCUCGCUCAACAUCCAACGCACCGGCCUUCAGCCGCCUUCAGUCGGAACGCCCAACUUCGCGCCGCGCCACCCAUCGCCCCUGCUGAACAACGGAUUGGCCGGCGUCGGAAGCGGUAGCGGGAAAGGUAAGCCAGCGGUUUUGCCAGUGACGCUCGAUGAGGAUGCGCCCAUCGACGCGGAGAUGGAACAGCUUGAGCUCGAUUUCAGUGUCCGUGCCCACGCCCGCGCCAACGCCAGCGGAAGCGCCAGCACCCUGCCGCCUCCCUCAAAGCCGCCGCGCAUCCCUUUGUCGCAGGCGGACGAGCAGCCGGCUGCUGGAAGCCUGGAGCGGGAGAAGCCCAAGGAGAAGCCAGCAGAGCCGGAGAACGCCAAAGAUGAGUGGGCAUCAAAGUUGUAUGGCAGUGGCAAGUACCUGGAGAUCGGUAGCAGUGACUCCUUGAAGCGCCGCAGCUGGGAGGAUCGGGUUCCACUGCCGGCCAGUGUAGAGGAGCCGCCGCCAGUGCCCUCAUCCAGCUCGUCGUCUAGCUCCAGCUCGGACAGUGAAGACGACGACGAGCACCCGCCGCAGACAGCACCACCACCACCACCAGUGCCCGUGCCCGUGCCUGCCACUAUUCCCGUUCCGGCCGCUGCUGCUGAUCCAGCCUCCUCCUCGCUUUUCUCCCCCGAUGCGGAGCACCGCAACUUUGAUACGUUCAACGCCAGCUUUGCCAAGUUCGAGCAGCGCAACAGCACGGCCAUCUUUGCAGAUGAGCCCGAGCUAGAAGACCUCACAGUGGAGCUGGAAAAGCCGGCGCCCACACCCACAGUACGCCCCAAGCCACAGCCUCGUGCCACGGCCGAUCUGAGGGCAGAGGAGGAGAAGGCCAAGGAAGAGGCUGCACGGCAACAGCGCGCCGAGGAAGAUGCCCGCUUGGAGGCGGAGCUGCGUCUGAAUGAGGAGCGUCUGCGCGAGGAGGAGGCGGCUAUGAAGAGAGAGCUGGAGGAGGAGAAGGAGCGCCAAAAGCAGCUGCAGUUGGACGAGCAGCAGCGGCGCGAGUCCAAGCGCAGGGAGGAAGACCAAAGGCUUCUAAGCUUCGCCAAACGAUCCACUUCCCUAGAGGAGCCAGCUCCAGAGAAAGAGGAGCUGAAGCAUGAUAGGGAGCUUGUGCCGAAACAGGAGCCAGAAGUUGAAUCGCCAGAGCCGGAUCACAACUUCCUCACGCCCGAGCAGUCGCCCAAGGAGUUCCAGACGAACGGCAGCGGCAGUGGAAGCGGAGAGCGCUGGGAAAAGCGGCUGGGCAAGUUCAAAUACGGCAACAAGCGAGAUAAAUACAACAACGACAAUGAGAGCAACUCGCCUAGUCCCAAGUCCACGGAGCGCAUAAUUAUUGGCCACGAGAAGUCUGGAUCACAUGCGGAGCGACGCUCGGAGAUAUCUGCCCAGCUGGCCAAGAAAUACGAGGGCAAGUCCCGGGAGGAACUAAUGCUAAUUGCCAACGGAAUGGAGAACGAGGCUCUGCUGCAACGGCAGCGCGUGAAGGAGUUGGAGGACUACUUGGACAACCUGCUGCUGCGCGUGAUGGAGACGCACCCUAAGAUCUUGCAGAACCCCUAUUCACGCACCACGUCCGCCAAGAGUUAUAAAAAUUACAUCAAUAUGAAUGACUUUCUAAAGUAAGUGCUGCGCGCAUGUUGCAACUUGCAUUUAAGUAGAAACUUAACCAACAAACCCCCAACAACAACAUCACCAACACCACAACCCCCAACUACAACAACUGCGAGACACGAGUAACAAGAACUGAGGCGACUCUGGCUGAAAAAGAGAAGGAACAACUAAGGCGGGAUCGAACGGCUAACUGCAGCCAAACUGGUCAUCGCCACCAACCGGUCCACUUGUCCCAGAACAGCUGGAGGAGAUCGGCGGAGCCUCUGGGUGCAAUUUAUGUGAACGCAUCGAAACACUAAUCCAACACCAUGUUGCCUUUGUCGUGAACAGCGAAAUUCAAGUGCUUUCUAAACCGUAUUGCUAAGAAGGGGAAACUAAAUGUACACACAGAGCAUACCUUGCUUGAGGAGUGCAACGUUUUAUUGAUAUUUUCGUAGCAUCCGUCGUUUUAUGUUUGCCCUUUACUAAAUCGAACUAAAUUAAUUGUACUAUAUACAACUAUAUUGUGCCUGGCAGUGCUAGGCCAUUGAUUUGCCUUGAUUCGAGUCCCUUGUCGAUUGAUUGAAAUUAUCCAAGAGUAUUUUGUUUAUUUUUUUUGUAUGUCCGUUUUUUUUGUAACAUUGUGCAAAGAACAGUUUUAAAAUUUUUGUAAAGUGCUGCGUGGAAAGUGGCCUUAGUGGAAUAAGUUUUAAAUUAUUUAUGUUUUAGCGGCUAAGCGAAAGGGGGGAGGGGGGCCGUCCUGUGUCCCCCGCGAAAACACCACACACAGUUGAAAUAUGUUGAUACUACAAUGAUUUUACUUAUUGAUAUACACGCAAACGGAAUAAAACCAUUUUUAACAUUAA